UAGUUAGGAUUUUUGAGUAUAAAUCGCGUUGUUUUGCAAAACUAUGUAUAAUAUUGUUUUUGUUAUUUAACUUCAAAAUGUUAACUGAAUCAACAGAUUGUGUUAAAAAAAAUCUAUUUUCUUCUCUGUACACUGAAGAUUAGUCUAAGAAAUACGUAUUUUUCAUUACUGGUUAUUUAUUAUUUGUAAUCUUUGAGUCGCUCUUGAGCUCCAUUUUUUCUCAUCCUUAUUCUUGGUGUAUGUUGAUAUGGAUUUAAUGAUGCUCGUGCCUGAUAACGAAUCACAGAGUACUCCUCGAUUAGAACAUGUGUGCGAAGUACCUGAAGAGGAGGAUGAAUUACUUGAGCUUAUUGCAGGGAAUACAUUGAUACCCAGAUUUCGACGAUGGGUCGUUAGACAAUGUAUGUUGUCAAUAAAUCAUCCUGGUACACGUGCUUGUAUGAAGAGUACAGCAUCAAUUAAUUAUGAGAAAAGUAGACACAUCAGAUCUUAUCCGUAUAUGAUACAUCCUUUCAGCCAAUUUAGAUGUCACUGGGAAACGAUAAUAUUUGUUUUUACGUUACUUGUUCUCUCCGUAAUACCGGGUUUGGCCACGUUUUAUUUCGAAGAACAUGAAAAAUUAAUCUUCGGAUCAUUAAUCAUUGACGCUGUUUUUCUGAUAGACAUCGUCUUGAGGUUUUUAACAGGACACUACGAUUAUUCGACAAAGGUUAUUGUCCUGGAUCCAAGAAUGGUGGCUCAAAAGUAUUUCAAAGGUUUCUUUAUAGUGGAUCUUUUAUCGGCUAUCCCUUUGGAAAUAUUAGCAAUCUUUAUAGCCAGACGGCAAAAAAAUGAGUGGUACUACAAUUGCUUGUAUCUCAUUAAAAUUGCGAGACUCCGAGUAAUCCUCGUUUACGGAAAACGACUUUGUUACAAUUAUCGUGUCUCGUUUCAAAUGCAUAAGAGUCUUGAAACUAUUAUAAUUUCUAUGUUAAUUAUUCAUUGGAGUGCCUGUCUCGAAUAUUAUUUACCAUUGAUGGUAUUGAGAAUACCAGGUACAAAUGAAAUUGGAGAUUCGUGGAUCUUGUCUGAUUACAUGAAGAAGAAAAAUAGUGGAAUAAGAAAGUAUAUACAGAGUCUUAAUCGUGCCGCCAUUGCUCUUACUAGUUCUGCACAUUUUCUUACCGUGAAAACACCAGAAGAUGUUAUUUUAAACGUAAUUUUAACAGUAAUCGGUAAAAUUGGCUUAAUCUAUAUACUAGGACAAGUUUUGCAAUUAAUAACUACACUCCGCUCGCGCAGUAAAGGGUAUUCCAAGUUGCUUCAACAAUUGCACGAGUACAUGAGAUACAAGGAAUUGCCAUUGACAAUUCAGCGACGAAUUCUUGCCUAUUUCGAUUAUACCAGUAAAAAGAGCUUCGAAAGAGAAAAGUAUAUAAUGACGCAAGUUUCGUCGCAAUUACGUGAAGAAUUAUUAUUUCAUAAUUACAACAAAUUCGUUGAGAAUAUUAAAUUAUUUCGACAUUUACCGCCUCAAGCUAUUACACACAUAAUAACGUCAUUACGUUCUGAAGUCUUUUUAACUAAUGACGUUAUAAUUAAAGCCGGUACACCGGGCGAUGCAUUAUUUUUCAUAGUUUCCGGUACAGUGGCUAUAUACACAAGCGCAGGAAAGGAGAUUUGCCAUUUGGAGAACGGAGCACAUUUUGGCGAAGUUGCACUGGUUAUGGAAAACGAACAUCGUAUUGCCACUGUCGUUGCUAUCGAGACUUGUGAACUUUACGUUAUAACGCGUGACGAUUUUCAAAAGGCCAUUGCGGAUUUUCCUAAUCUUUUGAGCAAACUGCAAAGAUUAGCUCUUGAAAUUCUUGAUAAAGCACCGGUUUUAGAGGAGGCAUUUGGCCGAGAUCAUUCUAUGCCCUCCAAUAUUAAUAUAAGUAAUAUUAUUUAUAAGAGGAAGGAAUAGAAUAUAUAUAUAUGCUAUAUGUACCAUAUGUAUUAUUGCUGUCAGUUGUGAUAUUCACUAAAGAUUAUACGUUCGUUUUAACAAUUUUAAAGACUAUUUUCUUGCUUUAAAAGUCUAAACAGAUAAUUCAACAAUUAAACAAUAUAUAU